ACACACACACACACACACACACACACACACACACACACACACACACACAUGCUCCGGCAGGGCUGCGCAGAGAGGGAGCUCACACAAACACACCUCUUGUGAUUCAGCGGAACAGAUUUAUUCGUCGCCUCAUCCUCACGCAGCGCAGCCGCCUGCAAAACGCACGAGACUAUCCCGCCGCGUGCGUCAACCCGCCGCUCCGUCUGCGCCGAACGACGACUCCGUUCGCACAACUCUGCGUGCUUACCUGCGCCUACUGCGUUUGUGUGUGUAGGUGUGUGUGUGUGUGUGUGUGUGUGUGUGUGUGUGUGUGUGUGUGUGUGUGUGUGUGUGUGUGUCGGAGGGGGACACACACGCGAGACCCAGAGACGUAAUGGGGAAAUUCAACAGCGACGACUGCGUUGAGGAUGGGCCAAUGGAUGAACUGCGGGACAAAUAGGCAGACCCCCCCCCCUCCGCACACCCCCUCCCCAAAAGGAACUCCGUGUCUGCACCCCUGCCUUGGGACCUCCCUGCAGGGAGAUGUUAAUCAUAAUGGGAUAGAUAGGCACAGGUCAUCCCGUUGCCAUGGAUACCAGCACGCGAAAAUUCACCGUGCGAAGAUGGUUCUCCAUCUACCUGAAGAACAAGGCGGCGAGGAACAAGAACAACACCGGCUUCUGUCAACUGGAGGAUGAAAGUAUACUUAAGGAAAUUGACAUCAGCCACCAUGUUAAGGAGGGUUGUGAGAAAGCAGACCCCUCUCAGUUCCAGCUGCUCAAAGUGCUGGGACAGGGCUCUUAUGGAAAGGUGUUUUUGGUGAGAAAGAUCCGAGGAGUGGACAGAGGGCAGCUGUACGCCAUGAAGGUCCUGAAGAAAGCCACACUGAAAGUUCGAGAUCGCGUGCGGUCUAAGAUGGAAAGAGACAUUCUGGCAGAAGUGAACCAUCCAUUUAUAGUUAAACUGCACUAUGCCUUCCAGACGGAAGGAAAGCUCUAUCUGAUCCUAGACUUCCUCCGAGGAGGAGAUCUUUUCACUCGACUGUCAAAGGAGGUAAUGUUUACUGAGGACGAUGUGAAGUUCUACCUGGCAGAGUUGGCCCUGGCCUUGGACCAUCUACACAGUUUGGGCAUCAUCUACAGGGACCUAAAACCUGAAAAUAUUCUUCUGGAUGAAGAAGGAAACAUUAAGAUAACAGACUUUGGAUUGAGUAAGGAGGCCAUCGACCACGAUAAAAGAGCGUAUUCGUUCUGUGGAACAAUCGAAUACAUGGCUCCAGAGGUGGUGAACAGGAGAGGACACACACAAAGUGCUGACUGGUGGUCAUUUGGGGUACUUAUGUUUGAGAUGUUGACAGGAUCGUUACCAUUCCAAGGAAAAGAUCGGAAGGAAACUAUGGCACUUAUACUGAAGGCUAAGCUGGGGAUGCCACAGUUUCUCAGCACUGAAGUGCAGAGUUUAUUACGAGCGCUCUUCAAGAGGAAUCCUGCUAAUCGACUCGGUGCAGGACCGGAUGGAGUGGAGGAAAUAAAAAGACAUCGCUUCUUUGCAUCGAUAGACUGGACCAAGUUGUUCAGGAAAGAAUUGAGGCCUCCAUUCAAACCGACAGUUGGAAGACCUGAAGACACUUUCCACUUUGAUCCUGAGUUCACCUCCAGAACACCCACUGAUUCUCCCGGAAUCCCUCCGAGCGCCAACACACACCAGCUGUUUCGUGGCUUCAGCUUUGUUGCAACGAAUCAGAGUCAGGAGCCAAGCGCUGCUACGGUAGCACCUUCCCGCCAGGAGGUGAACAAAAUCAAUCCCAUAGCAAAGCACUUCCAGGGUGACGUGGCCUUCAGUGAUGUUUAUGAGCUCAAAGGGGAAAUUGGACAGACAGCGACUUCUGUCUGCAGAAGUUGUCUACACAGAGUUACUGCUGUGGAGUAUUCGGUGAAGAUCAUUGAAAGAGCCAAGAAAGAUCCAUCAGAGGAGAUUGAGAUCCUGUUAAGAUACGGACAGCAUCCAAAUAUUAUCACCCUGAAGGACGUGUAUGACGACGGCCAAAGUGUGUACCUGGUGCAGGAUUUACUGAGAGGAGCUGAGCUGCUGGACAGAGCUCUGACAGUGCCAAACUUUACAGAAAGAGAUGCGUCAGACAUCAUCUGCACAUUGACAAAGACUGUGGAAUAUUUACACUCCCAGGGGGUCGUGCAUAGAGAUCUGAAGCCUAGUAACCUUCGCUAUUCGGAUGACAGCGGACUCCCAGAAUCCAUCCGGAUAUGUGAUUUUGGUUUUGCCAAACAACUGAGGGCUGAGAAUGGCUUGUUGAUGACUCCCUGUUACACAGCUACAUUCAUGGCUCCGGAGGUUCUGAAGAAGCAGGGUUAUGAUGCCGCCUGUGACAUCUGGAGCCUGGGGAUCCUGCUCUACACCAUGAUAGCGGGCUUCAGUCCAUUUGCCAGCAGUUCUGAGGACACAGCAGAGGAAAUUCUGGCUCAAAUCGGCUGCGGAAAAUUCAUCAUCACAGGAGGGAACUGGGACCUGGUAUCAGACUCUAGCAAGGAGAUAGUGAUGAAGAUGCUUCACGUGGACCCCCACCAGCGCCUGACUGCUCCACAGGUUCUUCGUCAUCCCUGGAUUGUAGAAAGAGACCAACUGUCUGACCGAGCUCUGAACAGACAAGAUGUUCUUACUGUCAAGGGGGCGCUGUCUGCCACUUACUCUGCUCUGAAGCGCUGCGCUCCUGCGCCACUGUUGGAGCCAGUUCAGUCCUCCAGCCUGGCUCAACGAAGAGGAAUGAAGAAACCGGUGUGCCCCAAAUCUAAUUCAGACACCACAGAAAAGCAAAGUCUCAACAAUCUGAAUGAAAAUAAAGACAUAAACCCACAUAAUUAGAGAAAUGCAUAAACCACGUUACAAAGUGCUCCUUGAUCUAUGAAAACGAAAUGUAGCAGAUUUAAAGGAUUGUAUCACAAACGGGACUAAGCUUGGAUAAAUAUAACAGUAAAGCAGUCGAGAAGCACUAGUAUCACGACUAGCUUCAAUCAAUUUAUAGUGUAAAUAGCGUUUCCAUUUUUAUGCAACAUUCAUCACGCGCACUUGCGACUUUUAUUUGAUCAAAACCAAACAGCUUGAAGAACUUGACCAUCAUUACCCUAAAAUUAUAAUCAUCAUCUUGAUCCCGAGCACAGAGAAUUUCAUUAAAUCAAUCGGAAACCUUUUGCAAUCCCGCAUCUGUCCUAUAAUUACUAUAAGCCCACCCUCGGCCCCCUUUAGGUUCAAUAGGUUGAAACUAAAUUAUUCCAGUUAAUAUUAUCUUAUUUUAAACUUUGAGCCUGGCUUUCACAAAACCUUCUAAUAGUUAGAUGACGGCUAUUAAAACUAAAAUAAACUAAACAAAUUGGCAGUCAGUAUUUAACGUGAACACAUGGAUUUAUUUUUAUUUUUGGUCACACAUCUCAGAAUAUAAUUUUAAAUUCUAAUGCAAUAUGGACAAAUAGUCAAUAUCUAAUUUGUUUGGUCACCAAAUUCAUAAUUAGUUGAAUUGAAUGCCACAAACAACACGCCACAACGUCAUUUUUAGUGUUAACAUGUAUGUCCCUAGUUAGUUUCAUACAUUAAUACAGUCUUCCACAGGCAUUACUCGAACAUAUCUCCGUCUAUAGAUAUGUUAGAUCAAUAUCAUCCAACAAUAUAGGUUAGAAAAAUAUGUAUUUGAAUGUUUCCUACUAUCAAUCCUCUGAAUUACAGACAUAUGCAUGUUAAAAAUGUACAUAUCCUACCAAAGGGAAUCAUUAAGUCAACAAUGCCAUUGAAGUCUUAUAUUGUAAUAUUGUACAAUCUAUGGUGAAACGUAACACUAUCGCACAUCCCAGAUCAGAUGGAACAUUGAGCUAUGAAAGUAUUUAUGUUGAACGUAGUUUCUUGUGUUUUUAUCAGAACGCAUUCAAAAUGUUACUGAACUUAAGGGAAGUCACAGAGGCGUGAAAACCGGGAGAGCAUCAUAUUGCUGUUCGGUGAAUGUCACGAUCUUAGUAAAACUCUGCGGCUACAUUAUUUUGAAAUAUUCACUCAGCAAUCAGUGUGAGGGAUCAUCUUUCAGUGUGCACUUGAGUGUGUCUAGUAGCUGACAGCACAACUCUGUUUGUGUCUGAAAACCAAAAUGUUCGACAACCACUGUGUCAGAGGAUUGUAUAUAAUGUCCACUGUCUAUUGCUGCUGCCCUGAUUGUAGCUAAUAACUUGUACCGCAAAUACGAGGUAAGACCGAACAGUGUGUUUCGCAGACAAGAGUUCCACACUUUGUGUUGUACAAUUUACAUACAUCAUACUUAACACACAGAAGUCUCAUGUGCAACUAAUAAGCACUGUAGCAGAGAAACAGUAAUUCUGUACAUUUUAUAUAUGCUGAUCCACAUGCUGGGUGUGUUGUGACACAUUGCACAACGUGGUGCGUGGUGGAGCUGGGACUGAUGCAACUGUGAGGAUGCAGAUAAGGUUGUAGAUAUCGUGUUGUUUAAGGCAUUGCUGUACAUACUGUUUACGAAUUUAGAUUGUACAUAAAAUGUUGGCAAUCAGUAAGACUGUAUAUAUUGUGUUUGCAUAUAUAUAUAGAGAGAGAGAUUGUACAUAUUAUUUUGUCCAUUGCUAUCCAUUGCUCAGAGUGUACAAACUGUCUAUACCUGCCCAAUCACUGAAAUUAUUGGCUUGAAUGCCAAACUUUUACAAAUAAAGGAAAACAAUAGAAUGUUGCUGUA